AUGGAUUGGUUUUCUUGGCUCUCAAGAACCAAUCUUGACCCUUCCCUCACCUACGAGUACGCCCUUGCUUUCGCCACCAAUGAGCUCGACAUUGAAGACAUACCUUAUCUCACCCACGACUUCCUCAAAAGCAUGGGAAUCUCAAUCGCCAAACACCGCCUUGAGAUCCUCAAAUUAGCAACGACCCACAAGAAUAAAAACCGCGUUUCAAUCCGUCCUGUUGUGUGGUUAAAGCUCGCGGUCAAGCAAACCAAGACAUACUUCACCAAGAAAAUCGACACAUUCUUCCACAAUCAUCAGCCUAAAAAAAAUCUGCAUCUUUCUCUGGUCCCCAAUAACAGGAUCAACAGCAUGAGAUGGAAAGUGGCCAUGUUGCAAAGAAACAGGAGACUGAUGGAGCCGAAUAAUUGGCCAAUUGUGGUGAAAAACUACAAUGAUGAUAAUUGUGAGGAUAAUAAAAAGACUAUGAUGAUGUUGACCAAUGGGAGUCCGGAUCGAAGCUCGGGCUCGACCAGGAAUUGGGAAGGUGAUGGAGAAAAUUGGUUGUGUAGUGUGGAGGAUGUGAAGUGGGAUACAUUGUUCAAGAAUUUGAAGCCCACAUGA